CAGUGCGCAGUUUUGCUUCGGCGCUUUAAGGUAACCCAUGGAUCUCAUAACAAUUAAGAAAGAACAGCAACUGCUGCAACAACAGCAGCAGCAGCAGCGUCGACGGCAAUCGUUACUGACCAAAUGUGUCCAGGAGGAAUACCUGAUUCAUCAGGUUAAACUUCAUCCGGUUCUAUACGACAAAUCCCUAAAAGCCUAUCGGAAGCCAGGUGCAACGGACAAUGCAUGGAUGAACAUUGCCGAUACGCUCGGUGUGAAAGUUGAAGAUUGCAAAAAACGAUGGAAAAGCUUGAGGGACACCUUCAUCAAAUACUUUCGCCAGGAGAUACUGGCCUCCACAAUGCCGGGCAUGAAGCGGAAGAAGUGGGUUUACUACGAACAGAUGAACUUUCUGCGAAAUCAUGUUGAGCUCUAUGGAAUUUCGGAAACGGACUCUGCCAGUGACAAGGAGACGCUGGUUUCAGAGGCUAGUGGAGCCAUUCACUUUCCAGAUUACGUUACGACAGACCAGACAGAAUAUCUCACGUGUGAAGAAGGUGUGGAAGAGCAGUUCGACGACAACAAUACCGAGUACAUCUACGAGGAAGUUGAGGAAGGAUCGACAACAACGUACUCAAUCGCUGCUGCGAAACAAGAAGUGGUCAAUAUAACAGAAGUUGAUCAAACUACUACUGGCUCUAUGAUUCAAGACGAUCACGCGCUGGAACUGACUCAGGAGGAAGAGGAGGAGGUGGUGGAGGAGGAAGAGGUUGUUGGUAAUACCAUUACUGUUCCGCUGGUUGAGCCUAGUGAGAAAGUGGUGGACUCUAGUCAAGUGGUCUCCAUUACCGAUCCCGACGAGCGGUUUCUGCUCAGCUGUGCGCCGGUAUUGAAAAGGCUGUCGACACAGAAGAACGCUCUUUUGAAACUGAGGAUUCAGCAAUUGCUUUACGAGGUUGAGUUUGGUGAUAGCGAGAGAAGUGAAGAUGUAAAAAGGAUCCGGAUGGGAUGAGUUAGGCUAGUGAAGC